AUGGCGACCCGAAAGCACAACGAAUUCCUCGAUGCCGACCAUAGCGAUGAUAAUGGAAGCCAAGGAUACAACUCCGAGGUUGAAGAUCUGAAGAAGGGCGGAAGGAGCUCAAAGCGAAGGAAGGUCGACAGUGAUGCGAGUGAUGUGAGCGACGAGGAACUGGACGAUGAGGAGGAAUUGGACGCAUCCAAAAAAUCCCAGAAACCCGAGAGACAGAGACGUCACUCAGGAAGUGCCGAUGAGAAAGAUAUUGGUAGCGCAAAGGGCGACAAACUCAAAGAACUUCCGGGCGUCUCCAGGCCCAUCACCAAGAAAAACCUAGUCGCUUCAAGCGCAGCGCUCAAACGAUCCGGUGUGGUCUAUCUUUCUCGAAUACCCCCAUUCAUGAAACCUCCGAAGCUGCGAUCGCUUCUGGAACCAUACGGCAAAAUCAAUCGCAUAUUCAUGACACCUGAAGACCCCUCUUCUCACGCGCGUCGAGUCAAGAACGGAGGAAAUAAGAAGCGCUCCUUUACGGAUGGAUGGGUCGAAUUCGUCAACAAGAAGAACGCAAAGCAGGCAUGCGAGCUUUUGAAUGCGCAGAUAAUUGGUGGAAAGAAGGGCUCAUAUUAUCACGACGAUGUCUGGAAUUUGCUUUACCUGAAGGGAUUUAAAUGGAACAAUCUGACCGAGCAGAUUGCGGCGGAGAACGCUGAGAGGGCCAGCAGAAUGAGGGCCGAGAUUAGCAAGACUACCAAGGAGAAUAAGGAGUUUGUACAGAAUGUCGAGAGGGCCAAGAUGUUGGAGGGCAUGGAAGCAAAGAAGGCUGCCAAGAAGAGAGGUGACGAGGAUGAUACCCCCGUGGAGGCGAAGGAAGUUAAAGAGUCGGCUGUCGGUGCGAAGAAGAAGGGAGGAGAAAGACCACGACAUUUCAAACAAACCCAAGUUGCGGCAAAACGAAAGUCGGAGGAGCAACCAGAGCAGGUGAAGAGGGUCUUGAGCAAGAUUUUCUAA